UUUUUUUUUUUAUUGAUACAAAUAUUUAUAUUUUUAUAUAUCUAUUUUCCCAUUCUUCUUCUUAUUCUAAUUAUCACCCCUCCCCACUCUGUAAUAAAGUAUUCAUAAAUGAGCCUCAAAACAUUCACACGAGAAGAAGUAAAGCGUCAUGCUUCUGAAGAUGAUUUAUGGAUCAUCAUCGAUACCAGCGUCUAUGAUAUGAGUCGUUUCAUUGAUUUACACCCUGGCGGUGCUUAUCCCAUUUUAGAAUUUGCUGGUAAAGAUGCUACAGAUGCAUUUUAUGGACUUCAUCGUCAAGAAGUACUUGUCAAAUAUCAACGUUACAAGAUUGGUACCAUUGUAAAUGAAAAACCUCAAAUUGAUUUUUACCAGCCUGGUGAUUUAUCCAAGGUCCCUUAUGCCGAGUCAAGUGCCUGGAUGGGUUUCAAAUCACCUUUUUAUACUGAAUCUCAUAAAAAGUUUCGUAUUGCAGUUCGUAAAAUUACUGAUUCUUUAGCUGUUGAAGCUAGAGAAUUUGAAGAUGCUGGUACCAAGCCCUCUGAUGAAUUUAUGCAAAAAUUAGGUGAACAUCAUCUUUUAGCUGCCAACAUUGGUCCUGGCCCUUGGCUUCAUGGUUUAGUUCUUCCCGGUGAUCUGAAAGGAGAGGACUUUGAUUAUUUUCAUGAAAUGAUUCUUCAUGAAGAGUUUGCUCGUUGGAAAGUUCGUGGUUUUGAUGACGGUGUUGUAGGUGGUAUGGUCAUUUCUGUACCCACAGUUUUGAAUUUUGGUUCUCCUCAACUUAAACAAAAGAUUAUUCCUGAUGUUUUUGCAGGUAAAAAACGUAUCUGCCUUGCUAUUACUGAACCUUAUACAGGAUCUGAUGUUGCCCGUAUCAGGACAACCGCCACACGAACAGCGGAUGGUAAAUAUUUUAUAGUGAAUGGUGUUAAAAAGUGGAUUACAGGCGGUUGUUGGGCAGAUUACUUUUCUGUAGCAGUUCAAACUGGGAAAGGAAUCUCGAUGUUACUUAUUGAACGAAGUGAAGGCGUUGAGACCAAGUUGAUCAAGACCUCCUAUUCACCCAGUGCGGGUACAGCCUAUGUGACAUUUGAAAAUGUCAAGGUACCUGUAGAGAAUCUGCUGGGUAAAGAGAAUAAAGGAUUAUUAGUGGUAUUAUCCAACUUUAAUCAUGAGCGUUGGGUCAUGUUGACAGGCGCUUCAAUGGCUGCUCGCCUUGUGAUUGAAGAAUGCCUUAAAUGGGCUAAUCAACGUCAGGUCUUUGGUAAACGCUUAAUCGAUCAACCUGUAAUUCGUCAUAAGUUAGCCAAGAUGAUUGCUAAUCUAGAGAGCGUUCAUAACUGGGUUGAAAACUUGACUUAUCAAAUGAAUAAUAUGGACUAUAAUGAACAAUCAGAUAAACUGGCUGGUCCAAUCGCUUUGUGUAAAUAUCAUAUUACUCGAGUCUUGCAUGAUAUUUCUGAUGAUGCUUGUCAAAUCUUUGGUGGUCGUGCGAUUACCAAGACUGGUAUGGGUAGAACUAUUGAAACUUUACAAAGAACAUACAAGUUUUCUUCUAUUCUUGGUGGUUCUGAAGAGAUUCUGGCGGAUUUAGGUGUUAGACAAGCCUUAAAGAAAUUUCCUACAGGAGCAAGACUUUAAUAAAUACUGUUUUCUUAAACUAAUAAGGCGAACAAAAACUAUUACACAUUAAUAUGAAAGACAAGCAGUUUCAGCUUGAUUUUUUUUUGUCGAUGUAUUUCUAACUAAUAAAAUAAAACCACGCUAGUUAUAUAUUAAGCAUUCUUUUCAAGAUAUAACUAUUAAUUUUAUAUAGAGCAAUAAUAACACAUGUUCCUUUUUUGCUUGUUUAUUUGUACAAUAUUAGUUAUCGCGGCUCAUUAAAUCCAAA